AUUAAAGUGUUUUUUGAAGAUUACCAUCAAAUAAAAAUGGUAGAAAUAUUAGAAAAUUAAACUAUAGUUUGGAAAGAAUUCAUGCGAAGAUAUGUAGCGGUAUAUCAGCAUUUUUUAUUAAAUAAAUAAUACUAAAGAAGAAGAAAAUAUAAACUAUAAAAAACAACCGCGAAAGUCCAAAUUUACAAAUAAAAAAAGAAAGAAAAUAUAAAUCAAAGUAAUUAUCUUAAUCAUAAUAAAAAUUAAGCAUUUUAAAAGAAAUAAAGAAAUAACUGAUAAGCAUAAUAUCAAUUUCUUAAGUACAAAAGAUAUAUUAAUUAUUAAAUUUAAGAUGGGUACUCGUAGAAGAUAGUAAGCAGUCUCCAAUGAUGAAAGCAGUAGUAAAUAAUAGGAAGUGACUUAGAGAACGCUUAGAACAAGGACAAAAAAACUCAAAGUUGUUUCAGAUUCAGAGGAUGAUUUAGAAGACGAAUUAGACGCAUAGUAUGAUGAUGAAGAGGAAGAUUUUGAUGAUGAGGCAGUGCGUAAGCCAAAAUCUAAAAAGAAUUUAAAGAAAAAUAGUAGCAUCAUAAAAUCUGGUAAUGGAAGAGGCAGAAAGAGUAAAGCCAAAUAAAAGAAGAAUGAGGAUUCCAUGCAAGAAGAAGAAGAAGAAUCUAUUUAAGGAGGAGAAGAGGACAAUAACUAAGCUGAAAAUGAAAUUGAAGAAGAAAUAGAGGGUAACGAAUAAGACGAUUAAGCUCAUGAUUAAGGAGAAUAUGCAGAGGAUGAUCUCGAAGAUGAGCCCCCUUCAGACGAUUAUGAAUAUGACUCCGAAGAAAAAGCUAAUAAGGUAUAACGUGACGAAGUGUACAAUCUUUCAGAAACAGAUGCAAAUGAGAGUUGGUGCUUUAUUUGUAGAGAUUAGGGAAAACUUAUAUGCUGUGAAAAUUGCUCAAAAACAUUCCACUUGACUUGUGUGGGUAUUAAAAAGCCUCCAACUGGUGCUUGGGAAUGUCCUUACUGCAGAGAAGAAAAUAAAGAUAUAUGCUGUGCAUGUGAAAAGAGUACUAAUGAAGCUGAAAUUAAAGUUACUUGUUCCCUUUGCUAUCGUUUAAUGCAUUUUGAAUGUUUAGGUAUUCCUCUUAAAUAGCUCGUAGAUUGUCCAAUGAAUAGAAAUUAUUUUUUGGAUGCAGAUACUCUUACUAUAUUGCAAUCAAUUAGUGACAAAGAUGAUGCAGAAGUAGCUAAUGAGAAGUUAAAAAAUUUGACUGAAGCCAUUAAAAAGCUUCAUACUACUGAAGGAAAAUAAAUUUUAUAUUCUUGCUUUACUUGCAUAGGCUAUUUUGGAAUAGAUAAAAUUUAAGAUUAUGUCUCAACUGAAGUUGGCAACUGCUUUAUCACAAAAUUAAAUAAUGCUGCUUAUAUCCACAGUUAUUGGUUACCUGAGUCUGUAGUUGAAAGGAAAAUCCCAAGAAAACUUAAAAAUUUCAAAGAUAAGAAAAAAUAAGUUAAAGUUGCAAUUGAUGAAGAAGAAAUAGAAAUAGCAUUAACUGAAGAGCCUGUUGAUGUUUUAGAAGAAAAUAUAAAAAUAGAAAGAAUUAUUGACUGCAAACGUCCUAUAAAGCAUGCCAAGCGUUCAUACAGAGAUAUUUAUGAUUCUAUAUUCAGCAAAUAUGGAGAUUUAUAUGAAAAAUAAAUUGUCUUUGGAGCAAAAACAAAUUAUAAAUUCCUUAUCAAGUGGUAGGGACUCUUCUAUGAUGAAUGUACUUUCGAAGAUGAGUUCAUAGUUCUUAAAUACAAAGAAAUUUUAAGAAAAUAUUUGUAAAUAAAGAUGUUUGAGGAAACUAUUGGAACUCCAAGAUUUUAAGAAGAAAGAGAAAACAAAAGAAAAAUAAACACUCAAGUAUAAAAGAAGUAUAAGCAAUAACCUAAUUUUAUCACAGGUGGUUCAUUACACAAGUUUUAAAUAGAUGGUGUUAAUUGGCUUUCAGAAAGUUAUAACAAAGCAAACAAUGUUAUUCUUGCAGAUGAAAUGGGUCUUGGUAAAACUGUGUAGACUGUUUCUUUCUUAAAUUAUUUGUACUAUGAGAAAGAUAUUGAUGGACCUUUCAUGGUAGUUGCUCCUGCCUCCACAUUGUAUAAUUGGCUGAGGGAAUUUGCCAUUUGGGGAGAUAAAUUCAAUGUACUUGUGUAUACUGGAAACUAAGCUUCUCGUAGCUUGGUCAGACAUCGUGAGUUUUAUUUCAAAAUCAAAAAUCCCCUUAAGAAGGGCAAGAAGAAAAAAGAUUUAGUACCUAAAUUUAAUGCAUUGAUUACAAGUUAUGAUACAGCUAUCAAUGAUGCUCAUUUCUUAAGAAAAAUUCAAUGGGAAUGCUUGGUUGUUGAUGAAGCCCACAGACUUAAAAAUAACGAAUCUAAAUUCUUUAAAAUCUCAUCAACUAUCGCAACAAGACAUAAAGUUCUAUUGACAGGUACUCCCUUACAAAAUAAUAUAUUGGAAUUACUCAAUUUAAUCGAAUUUAUCUGUCCUUAGAAGGCUAAAACAAUGAAAAAUUUCGAAAGCUUAAAAAUGUUUUUAUAAACAACAACUACAUAAACUAAAUAGCAAUAGCAAUAGGAUGAGUAAAUACCUGAGGCUGAACGAAAGAAGGCCUUAAGUGAGUUAACUAAAAUGCUUGCUCCUCACUUGUUGCGUCGUAAAAAAACAGAUGUCGAUUUAGAAUUGCCUGAAAUGGAAGAAAUUAUUAUUAAGAUCUCUUUAACUGAUACCCAAAAGUAUUACUAUAAAAAUGUAUUAGUCAAGAACUAUGAUAACUUGAAAUUACUUGACGCUAAAUCUAAAAACUUCUCUAAAUUUUCUUUACUUAACAUUCUUAUGAGUUUACGUCUUGUUUGUAAUCAUCCUUCCCUUUUCUUAUACAAAAAGAAAUAUCUCAUUCCUAAAAAAGACAAAUUCUAAGAAGAAUUUGUUGAUUGUUCAAAUAAACUUAAGUUUUUAGAACGUAUGAUUCCUAAACUUUUGUAAUAAAAUCACAAAAUGCUUAUUUUCUCAUAAUUCACAAUGAUGCUUGAUAUUAUGGGAGAAUUCUUUAACUUCAAAGGAUGGGCUUUUGAAAGACUUGAUGGUACAACCUCUGUCAUCGACCGUUAAAAAACUAUUGACUCUUUUAAUUCAAAGGACUCUAAGGCUAAAAUCUUCUUACUGUCUACACGUGCUGGUGGUUUAGGUAUUAACUUGACUUCUGCAGACACUAUUUUCUUCACAGAUAGUGAUUUUAAUCCUUAUAGAGAUGUCUAAGCCAUUAGCAGAGCAUAUCGUAUGGGUUAGGAAUCAAAAGUAAAAGUAUACAGAUUAGUAAGUAAAUACUCAGCUGAAGAGCGUAUUAUUGAAAUAGCUACUAGAAAGCUCUUGUUAGAAUCAAUUAUUAUCAAUCCUAUUAAUAAAUUCACUAAAGAAGAUUUUGAAACUAUUUUAAAGAAUGGUACUUAUGAAAUGUUUAACAAAAAUUUAGAAGAAAAGGAUUAAGAAUUUACUGAUGAGCAAAUAGAUGCUCUUAUCAGUAGAGAAGGAGAUAUGAUAAAAGGCACUGAUGUUGAAAACGUAUCCUUGCGUAAAUCUGAUCUUAAUGAUUACUAUUUAAGUGGUUUUAAAUUCAAUUCAUAUAAUUUCGAAACUGUUGAUGAACGUCAAAAGCGUAAUGAUGAAGAAGAAAAGUAAAAAGAUUAGAAAAAGUAUUGGGAAACACUUCUUGACGAUCAAGCUAAAUAACUACAAAGUCAACAAGCUAGUGAACUUGGUAAGGGUAAGAGAGUAAGAAAGAUGAUUAAUAGCACUCUUCAAGAUGAUCAUAAUCGUACUAGUGAUUCUUAUUCUGAAUUCGAUGGAGAAGGUGAAAAAGACAAAACUGUCUCAGAAAGUGAUGGUGGCGCUGACGAAGUAGUUGAGAAUUUUGCUAAAAAGUAAAACUCUAAAAACAAUAAUACAGGAGCAGCUAGCAAUGCAAAUAAUUACUUUUAGGAGGAUCAAUAAAACAAAGGAUUAGUACACAAAAACAAAAAGACAACUGAUAAAAUAUUAAAAUAUUUUGAUGAAGAAAUAUAUGCUAAAUCACACAUGAAAUUUGCCAACAUGUCUGAUAUUGAUCGUUUCUAGUUUGUACUUAAUGGUUUUAAUGAGUUCCAUAGAAUGGAAUUCCUCUCUUUUAUUCUUGAAUUUGGUAUGGAUUUUAAUACAAUCGAUUAAUUCUGGCUUGAACUCCAAAAGAACAGACCUGAAACUUUCAAAAAAGACCAUAAGCCUACUUACAUGGAUUUCAAAAAGUAUCUCAAGGAAUUCUACGCAGCACUUUUAUUCUAUAAGAGAUUAGAAAAGCUUGACAAUGCAGUGUUCUGUGGAUUAUCUCCUGAACUUGUUGUUAGAAGAAUCGGAGGUCUUUCAAUUUUGCGUAAAAAGUACAACUAUUUCACAAAAAAACCUGAGAAAUUCAGAGUAUCUCACAAAGAAUAUUCUUUCCAUCAAGCCAAAUUAGACGAAAACAAUAAAAUAGAAUUUUAAAAGUUUAAGUGGACUAAUUACGAUGAUUAUCUUUUAAUUCAUGCUAUUUUUGCAGUAGGAUUUGGUAACUGGGAAAAGCUGUUAGAAAACAAGAUUUUAUGGGAUUACCCUCAAGAUCUUAAUUUAUAAAUAUGGUAAAUUAUUUUCCAUAAGUUUGACGAAAAGGAAGACAGAGAUAUCAAUACAAUCGAUUCCGAACUAGGACAAAAGUACGUUAUUAGGAAAUUAUAGAACAGAGCUAACAACAUGAUGAAUUUCUUGCUUGAUGUAGAUGAAGGAAAGAAGGAAGAAUGAUAGAAAUGAUAACACAAUUUAAAAAUAUCAUUAUUAUAUUUUGGAUUCAUCCUUUUAUCUUAACCUAUAUAGAUAGACAGACUGACAUAACACAACUUAAUACAACAAAUGAUAAAAAAUAAUACACUGUUGUUGUUUAAAAAGAAGGAUUUAAAGAAAAGAAAUUUUUCUUGAAAAAUGACAUACUCUGUUAACCCUUUAUAUUAACAUAUAAAAUUACUUUUUAAUAAUUUAAUAAUUGAAAACUAUAAAAUUAAUUUAUUAAUUUACUUUUGUGUAAUACUUUUUGUUGAGCUCUUUUUUCCUUUAUUUUUAAAUUAAUACA